AUGGCUGAACCUCCAAAGCGCGGGAGAGCUAGCAAACCAAAGACCAGAUCAGGAUGUCGAACAUGCAAGCUUCGACGUGUGAAAUGCGAUGAAACGAGACCGUUUUGUCUUCGAUGUACAAAAUCUGGAUGGGACUGUGAAGGAUUCCAAGUCUUCCCAAAACGUACCGUUCCUUCACAACCUCUCCUACCAAAGAGUCCCGUGCAUAUAGCACCUAAAAGGGUAAUUCCCAAAAGGUUGGAAUCGACUGACAUCCUGCUCAUUGAGCCUUCUUCUCAUCCUCGGUUUCACAUCCAAGAGGAACGUCGAUACUUCAAUGUCUUCCAAACAAAGACCGCCCCCGAACUCACGGGAUUCUUCGAAUCCAAAAUCUGGAAUCGGCUUAUCCUUCGAUCUUGUCACGAUGAACUCUACGCUUGGCACGCAGUCGUAGCCAUAGGUGCAUUGCACCGCACUCUCGAACUGUCCAACGAUCCCAAUCAAGAUGCCAAAGCCAUUAAAACUCACCACACCUUCGCUCUCAAACAAUACGGCACCGCACUCCAAUACAUGCGUCAAGUCGCCCAACGAGAAAUGAGCGAGUACCGCCUCCGCGACACCCUGAUUUCCUGUCUCCUAACAACAUGCUUCGAAUCCUACAUCGGCAACCAAGAAGACGCCCUCACACAGGCCCAAGCCGGAAUUGAUGUUCUGAUCCAUUGGUCGUUCAACUGUGCCACCGAAGAUAGUUGUCACAAAGAAGACGACAUGGUAUCCGCUCGCCAAGUCAGCCGACGCUCAAAAUUCAUCGACGAUGACCUCCUAGGCGCAUUCACCCGUCUCGAUUUCCAAGUCAUGCAGUUCAGGGGAGAUUCAGUCAAGAACCGACCCUUAAGUACAUCAUACCCCGCCAUCCCCACUAAAUUCGAGUCCGUGACCGAAUCGCGAUUCUUUUGGGACCUGAUUGUGAGGAGAGUGCAGCAAUGGCAUAUCGUGCAACAUGCAGCUGCCACGGAACAAAUCUCCACUCUUGAUUUCGGGGAGAACAACACGAGUGAGAAUUUCAAGGAUCCAGAGUUCGCGGAUAGGAUUGAGCGGGAACUCGAAGCGUACGAAGAAGUCACCGCGUUAUGGUACGACGCGUUCUUGCCCUUAUUCGAAGAAAGUAGAAAGGCGCCAGGGAGCAAGAUGUUCAUCGGGGCGAAUAUGAUGAUGGUUCGGUACCUACCCUCCAGAUUCGCGAUCUCGAGGAAGGCGGAGACGAGCGAUACCUACGCGGAUACCUAUUUGGAUGAUUAUAGGACGGUGGUGAGGUUGGUGAGGGAGGUGUUGGAGGACUUUAGUGAGGUUCCGACCGGACAGGCGGUUUUUGGGAUGGAUGUUAAUUUGGUGUUGAGUUUAUUUUUGGUUGGGACGAGGUGUAGGGAGCCGGGGGUGCGGAGAGAGGCGAUUGCGCUGUUACUGAAGCAUCCGAGGAGGGAGGGGCUUUGGGAUAGUUUGAUGGCGGCAAGAGUGGCUGGGUGGUUGAUGGAGAAGGAAGAGGAGGGGAUGGUGGAUGGGAGGGUGCCGGAAACGGCGAGGUUGCGGAUUGUGAAGAAUGAUUUUGUGUUGAAGGAGAGGAAAGCUGUGCUUCGGUGUUCGAAGUUGGUGGAGGGGCAUGAGGAAAGGGUUGUGUUACCGGAUGUCACGCUUACUUGGUGAU